AUGCUUGAAUGCCGCGCAUGCGUCCUGCGCUGUGUUCGUGCCAUUGCUGCCGAUGGCGCAUCUCCCAUCAAUGGCGCAUUGRUCCUGACUCCCCGAAUCUCUGCCCGAACCAACACCCGCCGCAACCUGACCACCACCUCCACGCCAGCACCGCAAGAUGCGCUCUCGAACAGCUAUCUUCCAUCGGGACGCACCAACCCGAAGGAAGAAUCCACACAAUUGACCUCUUCAAGUACUGUUCGAGCGCUCCAAGCCGAGCUCWAGUAUCUUACAGACCCGCUCAAACUCGCCUCACACAUCCACUACGUCCUCCGGCAGAAUGACCCAGCAAAAGCCUUGGAUCUUGCGCGUAUGGCAUCCAAAUCGACAGCAUCAUCCAGUGAUGUUGUCGUGGCGUGGAAUCACUGUGUGGACUGGCACAUGCGCUCGGGUCGCGUGACGGAAGCCUUGAAAAUCUACAAUGAGAUGAAGAAGCGAGGUGUCUUUCCCGAUGCACACACAUACACCCUUCUUUUCCGCAGYUUUUUGCCCACGGAUGGGAAGAAAGUGGACGAGGCAACGGUGGCCAAGGCCACGAAUAUUUACUAUUCAAUGCUAACGCCUACGAGUCGCGUCAGACCGUCGAUCAUACACACAAAUGCUGUAUUGAGGGUGUGUACGUUGGCCGGGGAUAUGGAUGCUUUGUGGGGUGUUGCAGCAAGAAUCCCGGAGCGUGGACCGGGAAGUGCGGAUACUGUGACCUAUACCAUUCUCCUCUCUGCCAUACGCUGGGGAGCGAUGGGGGCAGUAGACGAGGACGGGGUAUACCUGGAACAAGUAGGUGGAAAGCGGCAAGGCGCCGUGAACGAAGGUAGACGGAUAUGGAUGGAGUGUAUUCAGAGAUGGAGGAGCGGAGAUCUAGUCAUUGAUGCGGAAUUGGUCUGUCAAAUGGGCACCCUGCUGUUGAUAUCAAACAGGAUGGAAGACUGGGACGAUGUUUUUUCUCUCGUGGAGCAAACUACACGCAUACCACGCCAGAUUGUCCCUCUCGACCAUCCCGACCGACGAAUCGGCCAUGUCCCCCAAGAGACGCUAAUCGGCGACGAUGUGGUUCAGAGUACUCCUACAGCAGAAGAAGAGCAAGAUGGAUUUGUUCCAACGCCGGCAAGCAAAGCGUUCCAUAACGUUCCUACCACCAAGACCUUCAGUAGCCCAAUAUGGGUCCUGGCAGGCAACCCGAUCCUURAACUUCUAAUCCAAGCAUGCAUAACGAUGCGCAUUCCCAAAACGGCAAUCGCCUAUUGGGAACUCAUCACCUCACCUCCACACUCCGUCACUCCAGAUCUCAAAAACUACCAAUCGCUGCUCCGACUCUUCCGACUCAACCGAUCUUCCGCCAAAGCCGCCGCGCUUGUCGAGCUGAUGCACUCACCCGAGGGAGGAAGCGUGCAUCCAACAGGCUACACUUACCGGGAUGCUCUUGCAGUCUGCGCUAGGGAUCACAAGAAUCCCAGCAUCAUGGGAAACGCGUUGAGGAUUGUGCAGGACAUGGGCAAGCGGCUGGAUGAUGUAGAUGUGCCAACUUUAGAGGCUUUUCUGAGCCUCGCGAUGACUACAGAUUCGGGCCACAAUAUUUGCGGUGCUUUGGAUGCGAUUGAUGUGUUCUUGCCGCAGAUCGUGGCUCGAAUCCCCGGGCAGGAGAAGGGCGAGGGAAAUCCAGAGGAAGGCCGCAAUGACAUGAUGCAUCGCACCGGAUCCGAGAUGAGACGUCAAGAGGAGGAAGCGAUGAGAUUUGCCACACAGAUGAUUGGUUGCAUUCAGAAGCUCAUGACAGCCGAGAUGGUGCCCAAGUAUCAGUUGAACAGGUUCAUCGAAUGGAGGAAUAGCCUCAACCGUAGCCUCAGCAGAGCUACGUGUGGUGCUGUUAAAAACUGGCAUUGGGAACAGGGGGAUGGAAUCGCAGGGUACAAGACUCGGACGGAGCGAAGAGAAGAGUAUAGGAGUGAGGAUGGAGCAAUGGGUCUUCGAGAGAGGGCGGACUAUAAGCUGAGUCGGGAGAAGGGCUCGACAUAUGGAUUGGUUCGAAAGCCUAGGGAAGAGGGCACAAGAGUGCAGAUUUUCAGGUAUGGGGCGUUGGAUGACUCAGGGAGGCUUGUCACACCACCAGUUGUGGAUAAAAACAAGAAGAUGUUUGAGCGCCAGUCGGGAGGUCUUCUUCAACGACGCGUUGUGCUGGGUUCGCCCAAGAAGAUGGCGACGAAGAAGAAGAACAAGAGCGGCAAGAAAGAGGGGACGAAAGAAGCGGAAGGAGCGGUUUCGGCCGGUGAGAUGGCGGAGCAGUCGUAG